ACCCCUCCCCUCCCCUCCCCUCCGUCCCGGCGCUGGCCUCCGCAGCCGGAGAAAGCCGGGACGAUGCUGGAGACGCUGCGGGAGCGGCUGCUGAGCGUCCAGCAGGACCUCACCGCUGGGUUGAAGACUUUGGGUGACAAAUCAAGAGAAGCAAAAAAAAGCAGGCAAAGAACUGUUCAGUGUUUGCCAGAGUUUUCUGCUGGACUGGAAUUACUGAGCAGAUAUGAAGAUGCUUGGGCUGCCCUUCACAAAGGAGCCAAAGAUUGUGCAAAAGCUGGAGAGCUGGUGGAUAGUGAAGUUGUGAUGCUUUCUGCACACUGGGAGAAGAAAAGGAACAGUCUGGUGGAACUACAGGAUCAGCUCCAACAAAUACCUGGGUUUUUAGCAGAUCUGGAAUGCCUCACAGCAAGCCUAGCCCAGCUAGAGGCAAAUUUUGAGGAAAUGGAGAAUCAUCUAUUGUGUCUUGAGGACCUAUGUGAACAGUGUGAGUUGGAAAGAUACAAAUGUAUGCAGACAUUACAGCUGGAAAACUACAAGAAAACAAAAAGGAAGGAACUUGAGACCUUCAAAGCUGAGCUAGAUGCUGAACAUGCACAGAAGGUUUUGGAUAUGGAGCACACCCAGCAGAUGAAGCUAAAGGAACGUCAGAAGUUCUUUGAAGAAGCCUUCCAGCAGGACAUGGAGCAAUACCUUUCUACAGGAUACUUGCAGAUAGCAGAGAGGCGAGAACCAAUUGGAAGUAUGUCUUCCAUGGAGGUGAACGUGGACAUGCUGGAACAGAUGGACCUAAUGGACAUGUCUGACCAAGAAGCACUUGAUGUCUUUUUAAACUCAGGAGGCGAAGACAAUAAUAUGCUUUCUCCCAUGCUGGGGCCCGAUUCCAACACCUACGUGAAUGAGAUAAGUCUUCAGGUUCCAAGCCAGUCUGAACUGCGACAGAAACUGUCUUCACUGUCAUCAACCUGUACCGAUUCUGCCAGCCAAGAUGCAAGUGAAGGAGAGUCUCCAGUUAUUCAGUCUGAUGAAGAGGAAGUUCAAGUGGACACUGCUCUUGCUGCUGUAACUGAAAGAAAGGGUGCUUCAGAUGUUAGUGAUGAAAGUGACUCUCUAACUAUUUGAAUCUUAAAACCAUAUCCUUUAAGAAUGACUUCUGAAUGAAUGAACAAGUGAAUGAAGAGCUUGCCUGUGUAACAAUUUGCUAGCCAAGCAUAACAGCCAGAUCUUUUUACUUAGUAUUACUGCCUUUUUACAAAAUUGCCAGUCAUGUGGAGGUUGGUUUUUAAAAAAAAAAAAAAAAUGCCUAAAGCACACACACUUUAACAGUAGUCUUGGGGCUCAGGGGAGCAGUAAAACUGUUGUAUAUACUAUGUAUAAGAGAAUUAAAGGGGAAAGAUAACAAGUUACUUUGACCACUAACCUUUAAAUGGCUGAUUGGAAAUACUUAGACUUGAUGUGUAAUAAUGAACCCAGAUUGUUCCUUGCAUGUUUUCAGCUGCUGCAACUGAAUAUUUAGGAUCCAAACCAAAAUGAAAAGUUAUUUUAUUUUCUACUCUUUACUACCUACUGUCCGCCUACUGCCUUUGUCUACUAACGCAGCAGUGUCUACUCUCUCACACUUCUUAUUCAGGACCAACUUAGUUAUCAUAGGUGUUAAGGAAAAAAAAAAAAAAGAAACUGAAAAGGAGGAGAGAUGCAUAUUGAAAUGUUACACUCCUCGUGGAGCAGGUAUCUUAGCAUUGUACAAGCUGACUCCUCUUUCGAGAUAAAAUAAAGUAUUUCUAUCCCAA